CGGCCGGUCAGGUGACACGCGUGACGUCACUUCCGGCGCCGCGGUAGUCACACGGCCGGAACCUGGAUCAGAGCGGCACAUCCAGCGAGCGCGCAAGAGGCCUAGCCGGGUACUCUCCACAGGUGAGGGGGGAGUAUCCGGGCGGGCCUGCUCCGCUGCGCGACACUCUGCAAUAGCUAGCAAUGCAAACAGAGCAAGUCCCUUACAGAGAGGCCGCGGCGCGCAGAGAGGGAGGCUCAGGGGUUCCAGUGUUAGCAACCAGGCUUAUGGGAGAGCUAGAAGCGCAUUGCUGGAGCGCCAGUGGUAUCACAGGGGGGGUGCCAGCAGCAACUAUGUACCCCAAACAAGGGUGAAUGCGCCCACUGAUGGGGCACAGGGCGAGUCGCUAGGCACAAUAACUGCAGGGGUCCAAGGGGGCAAAGGGCUUGUUGCGGCAGGUGCUCAGAACGUUCAUUCAGUCAGGGAGCGUGUGGUCAGAGAAUCCCCCUAUGUGGCAGGGCCAGCGAAUGAAUGGAGUGGUGAUAUGAAUGACGAGAGGGCUAGAGGGGUCCCAGACAGGGCCGGGGGCAGUACUUCUACCCCGAUUGGGGGCGGCAGUCAAGGGGGACACACGGCUGGCCUGGAUACUCCCCUCUCGUUUGUUUCUCCCCCACAGGACAUGGUGCCUACACCGCAGAGGACAGAGGGCCCGGGUACAACGGGAAUAGGACUAUCUGUACAGCCAGCAGGCGGAUCAGUGGCAGCUGCACCAGGAACAUCUACCCCGUCAACAUCGGCAGUUGGUGUGGCUACAGGUCCUUCUCGUAUCUGGAUAAUAGGGCACUCCUACGUGCACUGGGCGGCACUGAAGGCCCAUUCUCUUCCUGAGGGGCAGCAGUUGGGGAUUCCGACGUCUCAGGCAUCAAUACGGUGGUUGGGCCGUAGAGGCUUACAGUGGGAUGGUUUGCCUGCCCUCCUCCAGAAUGCCAGACAUCGAUGGGGACAGCCCCACAUCAUCCUCCUUCACAUGGGGGGAAAUGAUAUAGGGAGUGCACCUGCUCUAGAUCUCAUCAAUGCGAUGAGGUCGGAUGUCAAGUGGAUCUGUACCACGUUUCCGGGGGUUAGGCUGGCCUGGUCCAACAUAAUCCCCCGGCUGCGUUGGAGAUAUUUCCCCACACCGAGGAUAGCAUAUAGGGUUAGGAAAAAAGUUAACAGGGAGCUGGGUAGAGCAGUAAUAGAGGUAGGGGGUUUUGUGGUCCGCCAUGAACUGAUCUCAGCGGACAAAAAAGGGCUGUAUCGCCCGGACGGGGUGCACCUGUCCGACGAAGGGCUGGCGAUCUUCCUGGUGGACCUCAAAACGGCUCUGGUUAGUAAUAUUUAGCGGGUGGCGGCAAGAGCCCGGUUUAUGUGGGAGUGCCUGUCUCUUGUGGCGGGAGGUCGUAGCCAUCAACAAUUGAGGGCGGAGUCUGUAGAGGUGACAGUCGGGCUAAUGGGCGGGGGUGAUGUCCUCAGGUCGUGACCUGGGGGGCCCCGCCCCGCGGGUCUGCUGGCUGAAGAUCCUUUAGGACGUCCGCGCCUACUAGACGGAAUGGGGUGGGGCCACAUUUGUGCCCACCCUUGGCAUUUGCUAUUCCACGACAUCUGGCUGCGACCUCUUGUCAUAUGGAGCUAAUAGUUUACUAGGCCUCGAAUGCCGCCACAAGUUAAAUAUUUGAAUGACUUCCGUUGAAGUCAAGUUAAUAAAUGUGACCAUCGUUAUGGUCUUUAAAUCCCAGCUAUCUGUGUCGUGUCUUUAUUUAUAAGUUAAGUAGUUAUGUUAAGUUGUUUUGAAGGGGUUGGAACUACCAGAUACAGCAUCAGCCCUUAGGGGAAUGAAAGGUAGCAGAGUCUCCUGUAAUGGAGUUAAGGGAUGAGCUGACAGGCUAGUGGAAAAUCCCAGUGUAGUGUAGCAGCAACAAUGUUGCAAAGUGAGGGGAGGUCUUAGGCUCACCUAAUAUAAACGAAGUUCUGGAACAAUCUGGCCUCUUCCACCUGGGAUUUUGCAAGGAGAAAGUUUCCCUCCCUCCCAACCCUAUUGUUGAAUGGUUAAUUAAGUAAUUGCUAUUGCAACAGUUUUUAGGCGUCAUUCAGGCAGAUGGCUUCCCGGACGGGUUGCUGGUCCUUUAGAUGCGAAAGGCAGGGAUGGGGUUAGUUGACCUAGUCUUGGUAAGACCUUAGCCGUAAUUUAUUUGCUUCCUGGGCGAGCCUUGCUGCAGGGCUUGGCCAUACCAGUGCCUUAGAGGCUGAAGCGCAUCAUAACAUCCACGUAUCUCCUAAUGGCGGGAGGUCGUAGCCAUCAACAAUUGAGGGCGGAGUCUGUAGAGGUGACAGUCGGGCUAAUGGGCGGGGGUGAUGUCCUCAGGUCGUGACCUGGGGGGCCCCGCCCCGCGGGUCUGCUGGCUGAAGAUCCUUUAGGACGUCCGCGCCUACUAGACGGAAUGGGGUGGGGCCACAUUUGUGCCCACCCUUGGCAUUUGCUAUUCCACGACAUCUGGCUGCGACCUCUUGUCAUAUGGAGCUAAUAGUUUACUAGGCCUCGAAUGCCGCCACAAGUUAAAUAUUUGAAUGACUUCCGUUGAAGUCAAGUUAAUAAAUGUGACCAUCGUUAUGGUCUUUAAAUCCCA